AUGAUCUAUCUAUCUAUCUAUCUAUCUAUCUAUCUAUCUAUCUAUCUAUCUAUCUAUCUAUCUAUCUAUCUCAGUUUGUUUGUUUCCAUCAUCUAUCUAUCUAUCUAUCUAUCUAUCUAUCUAUCUAUCUAUCUAUCUAUCUAUCUAUCUCUAUCUAUCUAUCUAUCUAUCUAUCCUAUCUCAUCUAUCUCAGUUUGUUUGUUUCUAUCUAUCUAUCUAUCUAUCUAUCUAUCUAUCUAUCUAUCUAUGUCCACAUCUAUCUAUCUAUCUAUCUAUCUAUCUAUCUAUCUAUCUAUCUAUCUAUCUAUCUAUCUAUCUAUUUAUUUGUUUCUAUCUAUGUCCAUCAUCUAUCUAUCUAUCUAUCUAUCUAUCUAUCUAUCUAUCUAUCUAUCUAUCUAUCUAUCUAUCUCUAUCUCUAUCAGUUUGUUUCUAUCUAUUUCUAUCUAUCUAUCUAUCUAUCUAUCUAUCUAUCUAUCUAUCUAUCUAUCUAUUUGUUUCUAUCUGUCAUCAUCUAUUAUCUCAUCUUUUUAUGUUUCUAUCUAUCUAUCUUUUUGUUUCUAUCUAUCUAUCUAUCUAUCUAUCUAUCUAUCUAUCUAUCUAUCUAUAUAUAUAUAUUUAUUUUUUUGUAGGAAAACAUGGGUAUGUCAAACGCUGUUUAAGACGAGUAACAAUUACGUAAUCUAUCUAUCUAUCUAUCUAUCUAUCUAUCUAUCUAUCUAUCUAUCUAUCUAUCUAUCUAUCUAUCUAUCUAUCUAUCUAUGUACAGGCUACGUUUGGAAAAUCACUAUCUAUCUAUCUAUCUAUCUAUCUAUCUAUCUAUCUCUGAAAGUGUAUUCAUCCCUAUUUAUAUAUAAUUCCUUCUCUCUCUGCUCCUAUCUAUCUAUCUAUCUAUCUAUCUAUCUAUCUAUCUAUCUAUCUAUCUAUCAAAGUGUAUUCAUAUCUAUCUAUCUAUCUAUCUCUGAAAGUGUAUUCAUCCCUAUUUAUAUAUCAUUCCUUCUCUCUCUGCUACUAUCUAUCUAUCUAUCUAUCUAUCUAUCUAUCUAUCUGCCAAAGAGUAUCUAUCUAUUCACCCCCUUCACCGAUAGAUUUAUAAUAUCCUUACUUAUCUUCUCUUCCCCUGUCUUCUUCUUCUUCUUCUUCUUCUUCUUCUUCUUCUUCUUCUUCUUCUUCUUCACAUUCUCCCCGUCCCUUUUUAUUACACACAACGUUCUGCAACCUUGGCUAAAUAAUCAAUGGAAAAAAAAUGAAAGUGAGGCUCUGUUGCUGUUGUUUGAAUGCCAUAUGUUGUGGAGCUCUUUUCGCCGUUUGUGUGUGUCGUCUGCUAAGAAAAAAGGAUGGCAUCAUUGCACCUUCUUCUUCAACCGCGAUUUCUUUCUUUACACUUCUUCGACUUGUUUUUCCUUUUCGUUCAUUGUUUUCUUUCGCAUUAAAAAAAUGAAAUCUUCUUCGUUCGUUCGUAUGUUUGUUCCAUUCUUCUUUCUUUCAUUUGAAUUAUAUUCUAUAUUCUAUUUCUUUGAUUUUCUCUUUUGCAUAUUUUAUAAAAUCUUUUCUUUCUUCCAUAUUUCCUUCACUUUUCUUUCUUUUAUUCAUUUAAAUUAUAUUUUAUACUGA